CAGCUAUGUAACUUGCCUUACUAAUUAUUUUGUGUAUCCAUAUAAGCACAAAACUAAAAACGCACACAUACAUAUUUAUUUUUCCGUAACAGAUAACAAUUGUACAUAAACUCUUAACAUUUAGCUUAUUUUCACAUUAUUCCAAAUUUAGACACCACUAAAAAUGUCACAUUACGAUUUGACAGUAUUCGUCGGAACGGAAAGGACUCCAUUUAAUUUGCAUAAGUCAAUUCUGGUAGAAAAGUCACCCUGGCUAAAAAAUCUAAUUGACAAUGGUGACGUUGAGGUUGGCGAGGAUGGACAAACUAAAACCGUUCUUCAUCUCCCAAAUCAUUCCGUAGGAGCGUUUAGCAUACUUAUUAAGUUUCUGCACACUGGGGAAUUCGCACAGACAGAAAAUUACAAGCAAGCCCUCGAAGUUAUGGACAUGUCAUGCACUUACCACGCAUUCGACCUCUUGUUCCCUAUCGCCGAUCAAUUAAUGAGUCAAAUUGAGCAAGUUGAUGCCAUAGCGUGCCUCGAAAUUUCCCGGAGAGUCAGCUAUAUGUAUGUAGGCAAACGUAGUUUCGAAUGUUUCCUCAGAAAAAUUCGAUCGGAAUGGACCUCUGGAAAAUGUUUGACAUGGGAUUUUAACCAGGUGAAAGACGUGUUAAGCCAGGAUUGCUUGGAGAUCCGAGAAAUCGAUUUAUUCAAAGCCAUUCUCAUAUGGACCAAUCAUCCAAAUAACAUUGCACAUAAGUCGAAGCAAUUGCCAGAAUUGGUGUCUCUAAUACGUUUCUCGUCCAUGAGAAGGGAACUAUUUGAACAGGAAGUCGUACCCAGUAAUAUAUUAUCUGAUUGUGACGUUGAUCAAGUGUUUAUAAUCUUCGAUAAGCAAAGCGUUGGUCAAACAAGAUUCAAUUCUUCUCCCCGUUUGCGACACAUCAGUGAAACUGUACAAUUUGACGUAUAUUCGCGUAUUUCGAACAAAGGCUGGAUAACAAAGUGUCCAGUUACAGAAAUUGAUUCUCAAAUUGGUCCAGAAUUUUCGUUACGCACAUCGAAGGACAUAACUUUACGGGGAGUAAUUAUAAACGCGAUUGAAUUAUUGGACGAAUUUAUGAAGACAUUAAGUGGGUCUGUUCUUUUCGAGCUUUCAAUUGCAACUGAGAAUGGAGACAUAGUUGUAGCUGGAUCAUUAUCGUAUGGAAUGUGUUCAAACGCGUUCCCAGGAAUACCCCUGGACCCUCACGUUGAACUAAAAUCUGGGCGUUUGUAUCAAUUUUCAUUAACUUGCAAGCCAAAUCAGCAAUCAGGCCAAACUCCGGUGGAAUUUGGAUUAUACAUACGAGAACAAGAGCCUCCAACUUUGAGUGACAGCUAUGAAGUAGAUCUAGGACUGGGUGUGACAGGAACGAUGACACAUUUUCCGGUACAGCCGUCCAGUGAAGGAAAUAAAGUAUUGCAAAAUUCUUCAUGGAUCCGUAAUUUGCUAUUUGGUCCUGUUCUUAAAGAAAUUGAACCGUGCGUGAUAACCUAAGUUAGAUGGGUACCAUGUGCAUCAUGCAUGAUCUAUGUAGGUACAUGUUUGUGUUUGUCUAUAUAUGCAAACACACAUAUGUAUAACUUUAUGCAAUAUGCAUAAUCCAAUGAGUCAUGCAAAACAAUUAAUAAGAGAGAAAGAAAUUAAGCAAUCGUUUAUUAACUGAAGUAUUAAAUAGAGUUUUGUAUUUACAAUUUGUGAUUACCAUACAUACAUAUAUUUAGCUGGAUAUAAAUAUGUAUGCAUGUACGUAUGUACAUACCACAAGGCAGAUUAAUGUUACAUAUAUGUAUAUAUAUAGAGAAAUAAAUGUAUGGAUAAAUGAUGCAAAUAAACAAAUCCUAAGUUUGUAUGGAUGAAAGACA